AUGUUGGCUCGAUCGGCGAGUGGGCCUGGCGGUCUGAGCAUCAACACAGGCUCUGCCAACCUCUUCGGCGGCAGCACCACGACCAGCCAGCCUCAAGCCGGUGGACUCUUUGGCAGCACGACCACACAAGCCGGAACAGCAGCAGCAACGACGACAGCAGCGGCCACACCAUCCAUGUUCGAAGCGGCGGCCGGAACCGGCACCACGAGCGCGAGCGGCGGACUCUUUGGGCAGGCGGCAGCAAAACCGGCGACCGGAGGAGGGCUCUUCGGAGGCGGUACAGCCAUGGCGCAGCCAGCAGCAACAGCAGCAGCAGGCGGUGGCGGUCUGUUUGGGGCGUCGACGACGACGGCAGCUCCUGCAGGAGGGCUCUUUGGGACAGCGGCACCGGCAACAACGCCGGCCAGCGGAGGCGGUCUCUUCGGGACAGCUGCACCAGCCACGACGGCAGCCGGGGUGCGGAUCGAUGUGAGCAACCUCAAGGGCACGACGCGCUUCAACGACCUGCACGAGAGCCUGCAGAAGGACAUUAUGGCGUUUGACAGCCUGAUCCAGUCAUAUGUGGAGCAGAAGAACCAGGUGGCGGCGUUUCUGCCGGCACACGGCGAAAGCCUGGCGGCGAUCCCGGACGACGUGCGGUUUGUCGGGCGCAAGUACGACGGGGUGUCGAGUGCGCUGGGCAGCGACCUGCAGGCGAUCCAGGUGCUGCGUGAGACGGUGAAGCAGGAUGCCGAGCAUGCACAGCUGAGCUUCAAGGCGCUGGACAACCAGAAGCUGCCGGCUCAGUUUCACACGUCGGGCCUGUGGUCGACGGCACCGGGCGGCGGAGGAGGCGGUGGUGGAGCGGCCAACCGCAGAAACCGGGAUGGCAGCCGGAGCCGGACGCGGACUCGGCGUGGCAGCGCUGGCGGUGGUGUUGGUGGCCGUGGCGGCGAUGCGGACGACCACAACAAAGCGGGCGACGACUUUGGCGGCAUCGACGGUGAAGGAUCGUCGGGCGGGACGGACCUGAUCAACUACUUCUCGCAGACGGGCGACGAGAUCGGCGGACAGCUCCGACGGCUGGAGAAGAACCUGGGCGAGAUUGAGGUGCACAUGUACGGGGUGCAGUCGGGCCUGUUGGAGCAGCUGCAGCGGGUGGCGCAGGACGGUGGAGGCAGCAGCAGCAACAACAACAACGGCAGCGGCAGCUCGGCCGAGGAGAAGGUGGCCGAGCUGGCCGGCGUGCUGCGCGAGUUCGAGGACAGCAUCCUGACGGCGGCGAGCGUGGUGGGAGCAGCGCGCGAGGACGUGACGGCACUGCAGCUGGGACGGUAUCUUGGGCAUUGA